AUAAAGAUAACCGGCGACAAAGCGAUUAGUAUUUUAAAUGAUUUUGUAACAUACAUUAAGAUAAACUAUGUUUCAGGUUCAAUUAGCUCUUUGUUUUGUUGGUUUGAUGUUCGAGACGGCACUUGGAGAAUGCGUGGCGACGUUGGAAAAACCAUCAAAACUUCCCUGUCCAGCAGGAAUGAGGGAUGACGGAACAAGCUGUUGGAAGGAUCCGUAUGGAAGAGGAGUUGGUCGCAUCCCAGAUAAAAGCCCAUGCCCAUCCGGACUACGUGAUGAUGGAACAAGUUCUUGGACGACGCACAUAUCUAUGGGAAAGGGUGUUGCUGCACGUUAUGGGGAUGCUGUGGAAAAUGCAGAUCAGGUUACCACGACGAUGGCUGUACUUGCAGAAAAGUUGGCGUUGGUAUAAAAGUAACAUUGGCGCAGCGACAAAUCUGUCGGAGUAAUGAGGAUAAAUAUGGUGCACUUUGCUACCCCAAAUGUAGAUCUGGCUAUCGCAAUGUUGGUUGCUGUGUAUGCGAACCAGUCGGUGGUCCUGGUAUCAAGGUAGCACUCGCAGACAGAUACCAUUGCACUGGUACUUCAAUCAAGGUCAACGCGAUCUUCAAAUGUCUUACAGUUAAGAAUUGUCCUAUGGUGGAUCUUUUGGGAGAACUACAGAAGUUGGGUCAUUCACUGACAUCAGCUGAGGUAGCAGAACUUAGGAAGGGUCUGUCAGACAUUGGACAGAUGCUUUGAUAAAAAUGUCUGAAAAAAGAAACGCGCAACCAGUUGCUUCCUUUGAAAUUAUGUGUAAUUUGCUUGUCUGAUACGAACUUGUUCAUAUAAACGAUUCCAUAAGCAUGUUCGCAUGCAACACCUAACGUAAAUACGAUAUUUGCUACCAAUGUACUAUCCAAAAAGCCAUACAACUGAACUGACUUUUUUAAAUAGUGACAUUAUUUUAUAUAGUUAUUUGAACAAUAUCCUUCAACAAGCAUAUUCUAUAUAUCAUAUUAGUUUCUUCCUCGUUGCAUAACUUCACUCUGGUGAUCAGUGGAUAAUAGUGUUUCUUCUUAAUUUGAUUUGCAGUGAUAAUUGAACACGAAGUAGAUGUUGGAAUGAACUUUUAAUCAAAAUGUAACUAGCAAUAAGUGUCGUUAGAAUUUUACAAUUUGUUUUGGGAUGUGCUACACCGUUUUUUAAAAGAGUUUUACGCUUUUAAAUUUUACACUUACGUCAGAAUGAAAAUUUCUUUUUCUCAUCCAUAAUGUUAAUAGAUUAUUAUUUUACAUUAAGACAGUACAUCGCUUUAUAAAGCACAGGCUAUAUAUUUAAGUUGCUCAGUCUAACCCUGCUAUGUUUUUUUUCACUUUUUCUCUUUUGUCCGAAUAUAUCAUGAAUUUGUUUACCUGCUACGUGCAGCCUGGCGCUAACGUAAUACGUUUGUUUGUCUUUAGUUAUAUUUGUAACACGGACGAAGUAAAGCGUUUGAUAUAUU